CUCUUUCUCUAUCAGCUUCUCAGUUUCGGGUCCCAAUUGGAGUUACUCGCCCAUCUCGCAGAGGCGAUGAUAAUGAUCCCAGCAUAAGCCAAGAAAACCCUAAUUCUUCGAUCUUGGCCAUGGAGGAGACCGCUACCAAACCCGGUGACGAGACGGAGCCCAAGACGCCGGAGCUCCCGAAUGGAACCGAGGUAGAAGCCGACGAGAGCGGGAUCGAGCCCGCGCCAGAGGCCGCGGAGAUCGCAAUCGCAUCGGAGGGAGCGGCAGAAGAGCCGCAGUCGGCCGGCAAAGCCCAGCCCUUGAACGGCGAGGGAAAUCGGACGUUUACGAUGAGGGAGCUUCUGAAUGAGCUAAAGGAGGAGGAGAAGGGGGCGGGUGCAAAAGAGACAUCCGGAUCCAACGGAAGAGAUGCAAUAGGGGACAGCACUGCGGCGAGCUCUUCACACAGCCAAGAUGGCUUGCAACAACAUUAUUUGGGCCAGAAUGAUGUUGCCCUGGAUUUGAUCAAUAAUGUCAUUGGGGUGGAUGAGGAAGGUCGCAAUCGCCAACGAAUUCUUGCUUUUGCUGCUAAAAGGUAUGCUAGUGCCAUUGAGAGAAACCCAGAAGACCAUGAUGCAUUUUAUAAUUGGGCACUAGUACUCCAGGAGAGUGCAGAUAAUGUUGAUCCAGAUUCUAGUUCUCCUUCUAAAGAUGCUUUACUUGAGGAGGCUUGUAAAAAGUAUGAAGAAGCUACACAGCUUUGCCCUACACUUCAUGAUGCAUAUUACAAUUGGGCCAUAGCUAUCUCCGAUCGGGCCAAAAUGCGUGGUCGCACCAAGGAAGCUGAAGAACUGUGGAAACAGGCAACAAAAAACUACGAGAAAGCUGUUCAACUCAACUGGAACAGCCCUCAGGCACUUAACAACUGGGGUCUUGCUUUACAGGAACUCAGUGCAAUUGUUCCUGUCCGAGAGAAGCAGACUAUUGUUAGAGCAGCGAUAAAUAAGUUCCGUGCUGCAAUCCAACUACAGUUUGAUUUCCAUCGAGCAAUUUACAAUCUCGGGACAGUUUUGUAUGGGUUAGCAGAGGACACUUUAAGAUCUGGGAGACCGACCAAAGAAGUCUCUCCUAAUGAGCUGUACAGCCUGUCAGCUAUUUACAUUGCAGCUGCUCAUGCUCUGAAGCCAAAUUACUCGGUUUACCGCAGUGCCUUGAGACUAGUUCGUUCUAUGCUACCUCUGCCCUACCUAAAAGUGGGAUAUUUGACUGCACCACCUGCGAAGAACCCAAUUGCACCUCAUAAAGAUUGGGAAAGAUCCCAGUUUGUUUUGAAUCAUGAAGGACUUCAACAGGUCACUAAGGGCGACAAACAAUUAUCCCCCUCUGCCAGGCUGCAAGGAUCUGCACACAAUGAUAAAUCACUAGUUAAAGUUGAUGUUCCGGAUAUUGUCUCUGUAUCAGCAUGUGCGGACCUAACCCUGCCACCAGGUGCAGCCCUUUGUAUAGAUACAGUUCAUGGAUCAAUAUAUCUGGUUGCUGACACAUGGGAUUCUCUUGAUGGAUGGUUAGAUGCAAUCCGGCUUGUUUACACCAUUUUUGCAAGAGGAAAGAGUGAUGUUCUCGCAGGCAUUAUAACUGGUUGAUUCUUCCGUUUUGCAUCAAGUAGGCUUGAGAUACCAUGUGAUUUGUGUCCAUGUUGGUGGUUAAAUGAUGCUUGAAUAUUUGAUCAUACAUGUCUUCUAAAAUGGUUUUUUGAUGCACCGACACUUUUGUACUCCUUCCCCAUGUAUUAUAGAUCGAGGAGAUUGUGAAGGUGGGGAAUACAUAGUGGUAAGCAUAUCCUCCAGAUUUUGCUAUUGGAUAUCUAUACAGCAGCAGCUUGGGGAUUGAUUGAAAUAAAGGUAAUUAAUGAUUUAUUUUGCAAAAAUAAAGAAAGUUCACCUAGCUUUACAGAUUAA